AAUAAAAAGAUAAAAAAAAAUAAAAAUAGAGCAUAUGGUAUGGUAUGAAACGAAGGAGGUCAACAGAAAGUAAUCAAAGACAUAAAUCAUCAGAAUCGAAAUGAAGCUAUAUUCGCACCCUCUUAGCUCAUGCUCUCGUCGUGUUCGUCUCGCUCUCCUCUUAAAAGGUCUUGAAUAUGAAUGUAUAAAUAUUACCUCCUCCACUGAUCCAGAAUUUCUAAAGGUCAAUCCUAUGGGUUAUGUACCUGCACUGGUGGAUGGCUCUACGAUAGUUUCAGAUUCUUAUGCCAUCUUACUUUAUCUGGAAGAAAAGUACCCGCAGCAUGCCUUGUUGCCUCAAGAUCUUAAGAGAAAAACAUUAAACUACCAGGUUGCAAGUAUAGUUUCUUCCAGCAUUCAGCCUCUCCAGAAUCUGGUGUUAGUUAAUUAUAUUGGGGAACUUGUUAGUCCUGACGAGAAGCUUCCUUGGGCUCAAUAUCAUAUAAGGAACGGGUUUGUAGCUGUUGAGAAACUAUUAGUAAACUAUGCCGGAAAAUAUGCUACUGGAGAUGAAAUUUGCUUGGCAGACUUGUAUUUGGCAUUCCAACUUGAUAAUGCAAUCAACCGGUUCAAGGUUGACAUGGCUGAGUUCCCACUUCUACUUAAGUUGAACAAAACUUACACAGAAACGCCAUCUUUCCAACAAAUUUUGACCGAGACUAUCAAAGAUGAUCCGGUUUUUGGCAUUAUCAAGCGACAAGAGGCUUAAGGAACGUCAUCUUAAGGCAAAACCACGUUUGGCUUGAUAAGACCUGCUCGAAUAAACUCAACAAGCUUCAGCUAUCCUAUAGCUUCUAUCUUCUUGUGUAGAAUGCAUAUUAUUGUAAAUAUUUCUUCUUCGUGCUGAUAAAAAGCGAGGUAAACUUAAAUUUUACAGAUACAUAUUAAUAUAUUAUCCUCCUGCUAAAUCCUUUUAAA